CUAGGCUGCAAAAAGGCAGUUCUAUAAGAACGUUUCUCUAGGACCUGUUGAAUAUUGUUCACUUAAUACUCCCUGUUUGUGGGGAGAAUCCCUUGUGGUUUAUUUUUCAUCCUGUCAUCACUAAUCGCCCUCCAUCUUCUUUAUUUUUCCGCAACAAGCCCGUGCCCUGCGUCCCUUCUCUUUGUUCACUUGCGCAAUAGCAGUAUGUUGAGCGAGAAAAAAAGAAAAUUGCAAUUUAGGGUGGCAAGUAUGAAGGUAAAAAAAUACAGUUCCUACUCUCAGGGAAAAUGGAAACAGUAGAUCAAAGAGUCCAGAAAACCAUUGUAGGGGUUUGAGAGGAAGGAGGAAUGCCUAGAGAAGGAAGUGAAAUUUGGAUCUAGCCUUAAAGAAUGGGAAGGCUUUCCACAGAAAAAGUGAUGCCAUUCUUAUAUUAACAAGCAUUGUAAGUGGAUGAAGAGCAGGAACAAAGCAUUGGAAGGCAACAAACUUGUUAUUUACCAACACACAUGGUGUUUACCGUGCCUGUUACCUCUUAAGGAUCACAAGGAAAUUAGUAAGGUGUGUUGGGUUAGAGCACUAGACACUCAUGAAUGAUAUUUAAUGAAUGAUACACAAGCUUAGACUCAAUUCAGAGGCAAUAUAGUAGUCAUUGAGUGUGGAUUCAGAUAGACCAGAGUGACAGAUCCUGAGCUCAGAUCUGGAUUGUUUACUGGAUGUGUGAUCUGGGGCACCUUUUCCAGAUGUGGAAAUAUAGGUUGUUGUGUAGAUUAACUGAGUUAGGGUUAGGGACAACAUAGAGCUUAGUACAGGGCCUGUCAUAUAGUUAGAACUUAACAACUGUUAGCUAUUGAGUGCCUACUUUGUUCCAAGGACCUUUUCUUUGGUUCUCUUAGGAUAAAAAUCUGUCUUUGCCAUGUCUGAAAACCCAAAAACCAAACCCGUUGCCAUCGAGUCAAUUCCAACUCAUAGCAACCCUACAAGACAGAGCAGAACUGCCCUAUAGAGUUUCCAAGGAGCGGUUGGUGGAUUUGAACUGCCAGCAUUUUGGUUAGCAGCUGAGCUCUUAACCACUGUGCCACUAGGGCUCCCUCUGCCAUGUCUACAGGUCCUAAAUGAUCUGUUUUUUUCCUGCUUCUCUUGACACCUUCAACAAGCAAAAAGGAGGCAGGCCAGUGUAGCUGAAGCAGUGUGCAAGGAAGAAAGAAGUAUCAGAUGAUAGUAAUAAUGGCUAAUAUUUCUUGAGUAUUUAUAAUGUCAGGCAUUGUUCUGAGCUCUUUGUAUUACUUUAUUGAAUCUUCGUAACUACUCGAUGGAAUAUGUGCUCAUUUUCCUCAUUGGACAGAACCACCUGAAUAAAGGUACAGAAGAAUGAGUGAGGGAAGGAAGACAUUUAUUGACUACUUAAUAUAUGCCAGGCACUCUGUUAGGACCUGUACUUCAUCUUUAAAAGCCAUCUUGUAAGGUAGGUAUUCUUAUUCUGCUGAAUGGAUAAUCCAGAAGAUAACUUGUAAGUAGGUAUUCUUAUUCCAUUUUUAUAGAUCAAGAAACUGAAGUUCAGCAGUUGAGAUGCUACAGCUAUAACUGACGGAUCCAGGAUUUGAAUCUAGACAAGAAGGGGCCAUCAGGAAAACGUACCAAAACUGGGAACCCAGAUGAAACGUCAGCUAAAAUGGAGAACUCUAGCCCUCAGAAGACUUCAGCCACUAACAAUUGUGGGAAGAAUCCAAGCAGCCACUGGCUGAUGAAGUCAGAGCCAGAGAGCCGACUAGAGAAAGGUGUAGAUGUGAAGUUUGGCAUUGAGGAUCUCAAAGCACAGCCCAAUCAGACAGCAUGCUGGGAUGGUGUUCGCAACUACCAGGCCCGGAACUUCCUUAGAGCCAUGAAGCUGGAGGAAGAAGCCUUCUUCUACCACAGCAAUUGCAAAGAGCCAGGCAUCGCGGGGCUUAUGAAGAUUGUGAAGGAAGCCUACCCGGACCACACGCAGUUUGAGAAAAAGAGUCCCCAUUAUGACCCAUCCAGCAAAAAGGACAACCCCAAAUGGUCUAUGGUGGAUGUACAGUUUGUUCGAAUGAUGAAGCGUUUCAUUCCCCUGGCUGAGCUCAAAACCCACCACAAAGCUCACAAGGCCACUGGCGGCCCCUUAAAAGAUGUGGCUCUUUUUACUUGCCAGAGACUCUCAGUUCAGCCCCUGACCCAAGAAGAGUUUAAUUUUAUUUUGAGCCUGGAGGAAAAGGAAGCAAGUUAACUGGGACACUACUGCUGGAAUAGGCAAGACACAUCUCCAAAGAAGUCAAACUUAUAUGGCAAAAGAAGGUACAAGGAGAUUUGGUUAUGUUUACCUGGAGUUGUGUAAAUAGGUGGCUUUUGUGUACUUAUUUUCAAUAAAAUAUUAA